GUUGAGUUGAGUAGGCGACAGUUCACGGAAGGUUUGUCGCUGCGACAGGUAUUUUCAGUGUUUUCGCCUACUUAGGGACUGUGGGUUAGGGACUUUUCAAUUCCUUGAUUUGCCUAUGGCACAAUAUACACUCCGUGAUUCGGUAGUCGGCUUUUAAAGGGAAUGAAAAGACUCAAGAGGAAGAAACACAACGGCGGAGUUGUGGUCAAUGGGAAUGGACCUGUCACAAGAGAGCCAGGUUGUGGGAGGAAGCAGAAGUUGGCUGAGAUCCAUCAGGCUUUGAUCAGUGAUCCAGUGGACAUUGAGACCCUGAGGAGAGCAGCAGCCGGUAAAGGAGGACUGCUCACUGAUGAACUGAGGAGAAAAGUUUGGCCCAAACUACUGAGCAUAAAUGUGUAUGAUCUACCACAUAAACCGGGUCGAGAUGUGAGGGUGAACCACAAGGACUACAACCAAGUAGUCCUCGAUGUCAGGAGAUCCAUGAAGCGGUUCCCGAAAGGUAUGCCAGCCACGGAGAGAGCAGUGCUUCAGGAGCAGCUCAUUGACAUCAUACUGGAGGUUUUGAAGCGUAAUCCUCAGCUGCACUACUACCAAGGCUACCAUGAUGUGGCCGUCACUCUGCUGCUGGUAGUUGGGGAAAGAAUGGCCAUCGCAUUGCUGGACACACUAUCUAAUUAUCACCUCAGGGACUUCAUGGAUCCUACCAUGGACAGUACCAAACACAUUUUGAACUAUCUGAUGCCUAUUUUGGAGCACGUUGAUUUGGAACUGCAUGACUUCAUGGUCAGAGCGGAGGUUGGAACCAUCUUUGCACUUUCCUGGCUCAUCACAUGGUACGGCCAUGUCCUGUCAGAGUUCAAGCACACCCUGAGAUUGUAUGACUUCUUCCUUGCCUCACAUCCACUGAUGCCCAUCUACCUCGCUGCUACGAUUGUGUUGCACAGAGAGAAAGAGGUGAAGCAGACAGAGUGUGACAUGGCCAUGGUCCAUCACCUCCUCUCUCACAUCCCCCAGGAUCUCCCAUAUGAGCUUCUGAUUGGCCAGGCCCAGGACUUGUUCCAGAGGUACCCUCCAUCCUUACUGGCCAAGCAGGCAGCACUGCAGUCUCGCAAAAGUCUGUCCAUCAGCACCUUCCAGGCGUUUCAGCUCUCCACUCUCCACCAGAGGCCAGACUCUGUUCUCCAGCGUCUCACAAAGGCCCAGGGCUUCACCACCUCCAGACAUGGCCUGGAAGCAGCUUCGCCCAGGGAUCGAGGCCAGCUGUGGAGGAGGGGGAACAGGAUGGUGAAGAUGGCCGUAUGGGGGUUGUCCGCAACGCUCGGGGCAGCCGUGUUUGCUGUGGCUCAGACCGCCAUGGACUGGGGACCUGAGGCAUUACUUCAGCUGUUCUAAUGUGGUGAUGUGGUGGGUGGUGGGGAAUAUAGACUAUUCAACAUGAGCACUAAAUACACAUUUUAAAAACUUGAAACUUGUCUCCUCCAUUGAGAUUGUGGAGAAGCUAUAUUGGUGCCAAACAGGUUGUUGCCACUAAACCACAAUGAACAACAUACUGUGUGUUUUCUCUCAUUCAGCCUCAGGAGUCUUGUGCAUGUGUGUGAACAGGAUUGCUGAAGUAGAAAGCCAAAGACAUGCAAAAAUGUCACAAAGUUGUGCAAAGUGAGUUUUCUUUUGCUGUCAUUUUUGUGGCUCUUACACUCUGGGUAACUUGCUCCUGUGUAGGAGGGGAGUAAGUAUGUCCCUCACCUGUUAUGUCAGGAUCCAUCCGUGCACGUGCAACACUAACACAUUUUGUUUUUUCCAGCUGUUGCUCACGUUACUCUUGUUGUAGCAUUUUACACGCCUAUUUCUUGUCAGCUGAUUAUUUUGCUGAUAUCUUGUUUUUAAGUUUGUCCUGCUUGGAUUGUGCAUUUCUGGUAAAGUGUUUCAGUGUGCUUUUUUGGAUCUGCAGCAAUAUCUGAAAGCCAAAAGUGCUCAUAGCCAGCAUGGUGACACAUGAGUACAAAUUAUUAAAGAGCGGCGUUUUCUGCUAAAAGCCUCUGGUUGUGAGAAAAGAAGGGAAGUGGAAGAGAAAGAUCAGGCGAUGUAAGUAGAUAUUUUGCCUGUGAGCCUUGUAUUAAUUGCUUUACUCCAGGUGUAAGCCAGUUACAUUUACAGUAGUGUGUGACACACACCAAAUGCGCUUUUGCUGCACCAAAAUGUGUACAUUGCACAAGGAUCGGUCUAUGCAAGCAGCGGGGCUUUUGCAGAUGCAUUUUGCAGGAAGUAUUGUAGUAUAUAUUUUUUAUAUUUUUUGUGGCAAUUUUCCUGUUGCUGUAGCCCACCACUGCUGAGUGAAUAUGGGGAAGAAACCAGUACUUUUACAUUCUUAAAAUAUUUAGGAGGUUUGUGCCGACAUCCACCCUGAACAGCCGUCACAAGAGCAAAAGUACAUGGACUCCUCAACAUCAUCUUUCUCUUUGGCUAUCUGGCAUUUAAAAAUAAUUGUACAGCUUUAAUUGGUGGACAUUUUUGAGUAAGUACUUGAAGAUUUUAAUUUAUAUAUUUUUUUUGUUAGUGGAAGUAAUCGUAGCUCACCAAAUGGCAUCACACAUACUUUAAAUACUGUUGAGCCAAAGGUAAUCACAGAGUUUCAUAACCUGAAAAGUGAAUAUUAAUAAUAGAGGCCGCUUCCACCUGAGGUACCCAUGUGGGUGUGUGAGGGGGUUUCCUCCAAACAGCGAUGCAUGGUCUGUGUUAGACUUAUAUUGUGAAAUAUUAAUCAGCUUUUACAAGCAUGUACCAAAGCUUCUGUUAACUCAACUUCGCCAGAGUCACAACACUCCUCGACCACCCAGCCCCUCCCCGCUGCCUCCUCUGUCAUCAGAUAUGAAUGUAUCAUAUUUGCACAGCUCACCGCAGCUGUUCUGUUGAUUUCUUCUGUGUAUGAAAUCAACCGUACAUGCUCAGUUGUGUCCAAAAUUACUGUAGUAAAUUAAAGCUUCACGGCCUUGAGGAUUCAUCACACUGAAAACAGGUUAGUCAUCUAUUAGAAUAAAUCAGUUAAAGUAGUCUAUAACCUGUCAGCUGGGUCUGCAAGUCAGUCAGUAAACCUGUGUUGGUUGUUCAAAUAGCCGGAGCUGUACACUUGAUCAUCCAGUAUAAAUGAAUUAAUUGUGUGUUUAUGUUGGUGUGCGCAAAAGUGAGAAAUGGAAAACGCUAGCUUUAGCUGCAGUCCAGUUUUGUUUCUUUUAAAAUGCUUGGGCAUCAUCUGUGUUUUUAUUUAUUUAAGGUUUUAUUUCUCUCUGUGCCUCAUUACCAGUCAAACUAUUUGUUUUACAAGCAACAAUCUGAUUGGCUAUUUAUUUAGACAUGAUAUUAAAUAUUGACUGGGUUUUAUGAGUGUGUUUAAUAUAACCAAAUAAGAGGAACAGUUAAAAUGGUUAGUAAUGGUUUGAAAUUAGCAUUAUUCUGGGUUUAUAUCUGCGCAGGCGAUACAGUUAUUUUUGCAUUCAAAGACUGUGUCACAGUUAUCAUGAAUCAGUUCAGAAGUUAAAGGAAUACAUUUUGUUUCCCUGCUGAGAGUUUGGUGAGACUUCUCCGGACUAGCUGGAGCCAACUUAGCUUAGCAUGACAACUGGAAAUGGGAGCGAUUUCUGGCUCUGUCUGAAAUCUGCACACCUGCACCACUGGAACUCACACAAAACAUGCUGUUUGCUUAAUUCUUUUCAGCAAGUUGGAGCGCUCUGUCUUCACAGAGAGAUAUACACUACAUGGGCAGAAGUACUGGGCCAGCUAUAUUUUAUCCCCACAGGAGCUGCUCGUCCAUGGAAAACCAUGCCAUGAAGUGUCUGGCACACAGUUUUUGUGCUGAUGUUAAUGACAGAGGAGCUUUGGAGCUCUGCGGUUAUUGAGUGAGCAGAGCUUUGGUGACUUUUACACAGAGUUGGUGUUUUUCCUGAUAAUACUGCUGACAGUUCAUUGUGGAAUAUCUAGAAGUGAAGAAAUUUCACUUUUAGAGUUAAAUGACAAAAUGAACAUUUACUGUUGACCUUCUGCAGUAACGGCUACUUUUAAAGUAGCUGUAUUUAAAUGUGCAUCUAUGGUGUUUUGACACAUGAUUGAUAUAAAUCAGUUAUAUUAAGUUUUUUUUUUCUUUUUGCUUAUUUAUAAUAUGCUGCUUGAUUUAAUAUGCAUAGAAAAACUCUUUGACGAAUGUCUUUGCUAUUGUGUAGUUGUAUUUUGUGCCAUGUACACACACACACAGACACACAUACACGCACAUGAACACACAAGGUGAGUGGUAGUGCUGCCAGAUCCUAAUGAGGAUUUAAUUCUUGCCCCUGGCUCUUGGCAUGCUAAGACACUUUCUCCUUGCCCCCCCCUUGCAAUCACAUUGAACUUCAAAAACACCCACACCAACACCUGCCCAGUCUUCGUCUGGCACAUGCCUUACAAAAUGAUUGAAGCCUGUUUCUGUGUUUGAGUGAGAUCCAUCAGGAUUUAAAAGAAAGACAAAGGAGGUUUCAGGGCAAUUCAAAUGCAUAAAUAAACACCAUUAAAUACUUUUAUUUCAAGCGAAACAAACAGAAAAUAGAACCCACAUGGUAAGUUUAUUUCAGUGUUGUGUAAUCACUUACCUUUAUUGAACAUAGUUCACAAUGUAAUCAUUUUUUGACUUUCUUUUAAUGCCUUUUAGUUGCAGUGUCUUGUUUCUCUUUCAUCUCCCUUGAGAUCACAACUGAGAUCUGCAAGUAUUUUGAAGCUGUUUUGCACUCCACCUACUAAUAGCUAAACAAAAUCCCUUAGAAGGUUCAUUUCGAGAAGCAAUUUGGCCAAAUAUGAUUAGUUUUUCUGUUGAUUAUGAAACAAGUGAAAAUCAAUGCAGAACAUAAACAUCAGCAAAACAAAAAAAUAAUAGAAAAAUAAAGACAGAUUAUGAAUUAACUGUCGUGUUAUAAAAAGUUUCCAAUGAAGUUAUGACUGUUUUCUUUUCUCCCUGAGAUCUGGAAAUGUCCUGAAAGAGCUGUAACAUAUGUUUUAUAGGCAUUUUAAUGCUCACUUUUCAUGAUUGUUACUAAAUAUCUGUUACAAACUGUCUUUGAACACACCUGUUUUUAGCACCUUGUAUUUUGUACUGAUCUGUGCUUCACAUACAGAUGAAGCAGAGCAGUGAAUAAAUGACAAAGUUAAAAUACUUGGAUCACAGAAGUGAAAGUUUGUUCUUGAUCUUGGAGCAAUUGUUUGACAAAAAACCCUUUUAUCAGACUUCUGUCAGAGACUUUACAGAAGACCAGAAGGAAUAUUAUUAUCUUUUUCAGAAGCUGUUGGCUAUACGCUUAAGAUUGUGGCUCUUUUUUUUUUUUUUAAAGCAGAAUAAAGGAGUUCA